UCAAAGCUGGAGCAAAGGACAGCUGGAUCUGUCAGGAAUAGCUACCACGCACGAUUUCAAAAGAAAAAAGAAAAGAGAUAGCACAUUAUAAUCUGUCCAAACAAUCAGCGAGUACACCUGCAGCACAAAAGCACAAAACAUCAUCAAGUCCAGAAAGUCCAGGGAGAGACAGCAGCACAGUGAUCGUGGAGGAGGGAGGCGGUGUUUCACAGCAAACCGCUCCAGCGCUGCUUGUGUUUCUGCUGCUGCUGCUGCGAGCCGACAGCCGGCUGGACGCUCAUCUGGCGCACACAGAGGCGGCGGCGGCGGCGCUUUUUCAUCAUGCAGGAGGGCUCAUGAUCAGAAACCUGUUACUCUCUGCACAUGUGAUGGCAGCCGGCCCCUCCUCCUCCGCAUAUUAAUUAUUUGCGCUCCUUGAGUGGCUCCGAUUCGGCGUCUUAAUGAGGAUAUUGCGACAAUGGUGAAGGACAAGGCCGAAAACCGGACGCUUCAGUAUCAGCAAACUUUGAUGUAUGGGCGGUACACCCAGGAGCUGGGUGUGUAUGCCAAGGAGGAGGCAGCCCGCCUACGGGAUGGAGGAGUACGGGAUGGUGGAGGAGUGCGGAGGAACACCAGCGUACGCAGUCGUGCUGCAGAUCUUCUGGAGUAUGAGAAAGACCCCUGUGCAAAGUGCCAGUCGUGCGCGUCUCGCUGCCAGAAGUUUCUGAUCUCGCGGGUGGGGGAGGACUGGAUCUUCCUCAUUCUGCUGGGGCUGCUCAUGGCUCUGGUCAGCUGGGUCAUGGACUACGCCAUCGCCUUCUGCCAGGAAGCACAGAAGUGGAUGUACGGAGGACUGGACAGCAACAUGCUUCUGCAGUACAUCGCCUGGGUCACCUACCCUGUAGUACUCAUCACUUUCUCAGCAGGAUUCACGCAGAUACUGGCGCCUCAGGCUGUGGGUUCAGGUAUUCCUGAGAUGAAGACGAUACUCAGGGGGGUGGUCCUGAAGGAGUAUCUGACUUUUAAGACCUUCGUGGCCAAAGUCAUUGGUCUGACCUGCGCUCUGGGCAGCGGGAUGCCACUGGGAAAAGAGGGACCCUUCGUUCAUGUCGCCAGUCUGUGCGCUGCUCUCCUCAGCAAAUUCAUGGCUGCUCUGUUUGGGGGGAUUUACAUGGAAGAGGCCUUUGAGGGAAGCAAGAAUGAGCUGAGGAACACGGAGAUGCUGUCGGCCGCCUGUGCGGUGGGUGUGGGCUGCUGCUUUGCUGCCCCUAUUGGAGGGGUGCUGUUCAGUAUUGAGGUCACAUCAACAUUUUUUGCGGUGAGAAAUUACUGGAGGGGCUUCUUCGCUGCCACCUUCAGUGCUUUCAUAUUCAGAGUGCUCGCUGUGUGGAACCAGGAGGAAGAGACGAUCACGGCUCUCUUUAAGACCCGUUUCCGUCUGGACUUCCCGUUCGACCUUCAGGAGCUGCCGGCGUUCGCCAUCCUCGGGAUUGCCUGUGGCUUUGGUGGUGCUCUGUUUGUCUACCUGAACCGGCUGAUUGUGGAGUGCAUGAGGAAGCAGAAGACCAUUAACAAGUACUUGCUGAGGAAUCCAUCUCUUCCUGUCAGGCGUCUGGUGUAUCCUGCACUCGUCACCCUGCUGGUCUCCACACUCACGUUCCCUCCGGGCUUCGGGCAGUUCAUGGCUGGACAGCUGACGCAACACGAGUCUCUGGUCGCUCUGUUCGACAAUCGCACAUGGUGCCGUCAGGGCGUGGCAGAGGAGUUUGACUACAUCAGCCACCAUCACGCCUGGAAACACCCCCAGGUCAACGUCUUCAUCACGCUCAUCCUCUUCAUCAUCAUGAAGUUCUGGAUGUCCGCUGUAGCUACCACCAUGCCUGUUCCAUGUGGGGCCUUCAUGCCAGUUUUUCUUAUCGGUGCAGCGUUUGGGAGACUUGUUGGAGAGAUCAUGGCAACCAUGUUCCCUGACGGCAUACAUGCUGAUGGCACUGUGUAUCCCAUAGUUCCUGGUGGUUAUGCUGUAGUCGGUGCUGCAGCUCUGUCUGGUGCUGUCACCCACACUGUAUCCACAGCAGUCAUUGUGUUUGAGCUGACUGGUCAGAUCUCCCACAUCUUGCCUGUGAUGAUCGCAGUUAUCCUGGCCAAUGCUGUGGCCCAGUCACUCCAACCAUCCCUGUACGACUCCAUCAUUCGCAUCAAGAAACUUCCUUAUCUGCCUGAGCUGGGGAUGGGACAUCAUGAGAAAUAUAAUAUCCGUGUGGAGGACAUUAUGGUCAGGGACGUGCGCUUCAUCACUCUUAACUCAACCUACCGGGACCUGCAGGAGAUGCUGCUGACUGGUCAGCUCAAGACACUGGCCCUGGUUGAAUCCAGAGACUCUAUGAUCCUCUUGGGCUCCAUAGAGCGACUCCAGCUCCAGUCUCUGCUCUCUCUUCAGCUGGGCCGCCAGCGGAGGCUCGAGUACCUCCGCCAGCUGGCCCAGGACAACGGCACCCACGAUCACCUUCCCAGCCUGACCACCGACAGCACCCCCAGCUCGCCCUGCACCCACACCAACCUCAAUGCCUCGGCCAACACCAGCGCUCGCCAAGGGGUCCGCUUCCUGGUGAGCACCCAACAGAUCUCCACAGAGGAGUCUUCCUCCUUCAGCCCAGUGGUUUCCAAUGUUCAGCUUCCUCUGAAAUCCGCCUUGAAAACUGUGUCUGCCAUCAGUGACACAGAGACGCCAAAUAGCUCUCAGACCCUCUCCUGUGCUGACCAAGACAAGGAACUGCUGGAGAGCCCGGCUGGGCCGGCUCCUCCUGAAAAAAGAAAGCCCAAGCCCAAACGAGUGAGGAUCUCCAUGGCGGACUCCACUGAAGUGGAAGAUUGUAUGACUCCCUCAGAUAUAGCAGAGUGGGAGGAGCAGCAGCUCGAUGAGCCGGUGGAUUUCAAGAACUGCAAGAUUGAUCCUGCCCCCUUCCAGCUGGUGGAGCAAACGUCUCUGCAUAAGACUCACACUAUCUUCUCUCUGCUGGGUCUGGAUCACGCAUACGUGACCAGCAUGGGACGCCUAGUCGGAGUGGUUUCUCUGAAAGAGCUGCGUAAGGCCAUCGAGGGCUCCGUGACGGUGACCGGAGUGAAAGUGCGCCCUCCCCUGGCCAGUUUCCGAGACAGUGGAAACACCACGAGUGUAUCUGAGGUAACAGAACUGCACAAGCUGUGCAUCCGCCACAGGGGGCUCUCGUUGCCACGGGAACCCAACCCUCCGGACGUGGAGGACCAACCGGAUCUCCAGUACAAGGAGAUCCCCGUCAACUUCUCGGAGCAAACAAAUUUGCAGUUUGAAACCAGCCCCAGCGACACCACAAACCAGUCGUCGGAGCUGGGUCUCCAGGAAAGCCCCUCGUUCGCCGAGGACCAAUCGGAGUUUACUUUUGACUGCAGUCCCUCCCACACUGAGGAAUCAGAGCUGGCCUGUGACUAUGACCCCCCACCCAAACCCCUGAGCCGGACGAAAUGGAGCAAGAACAGGGGAGUCCUUCUCUGAACAAGGACCAGUCAGAACCUGAGGGAGAGGGUAGCAUCGCCCACACUGAGGAUCAAUCAGAAUGAUCAGAUCCAUACUGUCGCCUCAUGAAUGUUGACGUUUCUUACGUUUGUAGAGGUCACACUCACCUCCAAGUCCAGCCUUGAUGCCUGUGUUUCUAACGUUUGUUGUAGUCCAAGUGAGAGUGUGAGCAAAUGCCUGUUUGAAGGAUAAAGCUGGUUUUAUUUUAUAUCUUUAUUAUCAUCAAAAAAUCCCUUGGAAAGAUUCAAAUCAGCAACACAUCCCAACUUCACUCAACUCUGAGGCUCAAAGCUACAUCAGCCACUGCUCACGUCACACGUACGAAUCUCUGGCUGAGAAGUUAGCAGACAAGUUGCAUUGUGGGUAGUGUAGAUACCAGAUUUAACAAAGUGGCAACUUCUGUUUAUUAAAAAUACAGCCAGUGUGGAAGUGCAGUUCCUCAAAUGGCCACUUGAGGCUGGUGUCAAAAGUGAGUCAGUCUCCAUAUAACCCCAUAUUAAAAUGUCCAACUUCAAAGCAGAAAUAAAACCUGUUUACACCCUGGAACAAAAAAUGUUUUUGGCCUCUUUAGCUCGUUUCCCUGUUUGUGAUAACUCAAGGGGGGGUGAUUGUUUAUAUAAUUCACCCAUUUAACUUGUAUUCAGGUUUAAAAUGAUGCAUAAUUAAGGGAAUGGCACAGGAGAGUCCUUUUCUUGCCUCAGCCACAAGCCUGUGUUCAUUCUUGAUACAAGUGGGAACUAGUCGGAGUUAGGCACUGCCAAAAUGAUGACAGUAAACACACUGAGAUUUUAGACCGCUGUUCAGAAAACCUAUAGGAGACAUCACAGAGAGUUCAUCAAUCUUUGUGUAUAGUCAGUGGUUUUAAAAAGAACCAACACGGUCACAGCGGCGCAAUGCUACACUGGUGAACAACCACCGUGUAGCCUAACGGAGUUUGAGACUUCUUUCGUGGUCUCGGAAACAAAUGUUUAUGAACUUUCUCAUCACAAGGUCCCUUUAGCAGCUAUUCUAGAGGAUUUCAAUCAUGAUGCUCCUCAGCAGGUGGAGUCUGCUCUUUUGUCACUGUAGGUGGUCUAUGAUAAUAUCUCUAGAAAGGUUGAAAAUGUAGUUUUCAAGAUGAAGAACGACCUCAAACUGAGAAUUUGACGUAUUUGAAGGCUUGACAACAGCUGCUAAAGGGACAUUUAGGUGACAGUGUUUUGUCAGUUUAGCUACAAUUAAAUCAAAGCCCACUAAAACAGGAGUAAACAGCUUAUUUGUGUGGAACUGUUUCCAGCUGUGGAUUGACGCACAUUUUCAGUCUCGUGUAUUUACAGGACCAGACUUAUGCAUGUGGAAUACCGUUCAUAUUUGUCAACCGUGAAGCUCACCAUUAUAAUAGUGCAUAGUGUGAAAGAAUUUCCCAAAGCUGCUUGUUUUUAGGACGUGUUACUGCAAUAGUAGUAAAUGUUGAAUCAGUUGACAGCUAUUUUAAGCUGCAGAUUUGUAGAUUAAGAGGAUGCUAUACGUGGGAUUUGACUCAAAAAAUAAACCGCGCUGCCCGUGUUUAUUGUAGAGGAGGAUGAAGUCAAGCAGCACUACACUGCUUGAACUGUGGCUCAUUGUGUUUUCAGUCAUUUUUGAAUAAUAAUGAAGGUUUAUGACUCAGAGUACCUACUACUAAAAGUAUAAGCUGAGGCUUUGGCUGCAAACGCAUCACGGGUUUGAACCUUUCCGGGGGAUUGUUGACAAUAAGAUCAUACAGAACAUCAGCUUUAUCUUUUAUUUGUGUGUCUGUGUAUGUGCGAAACAAACUUUCCUUGCCAUGCUCAAAUCUGGUUUAGACUCUUUACUCAUUUAAAUUGAGUCUUCAUGCCAAAAUAACCCUCCCGUGAACAUGACGCCAAACAUUAUCAGGACACAAAUGAGUAAUAAUGGAGAAAUAAAAUAAAGAAAGCACAGAAGAACAAAGAAAUUACUCCAAUGAGCACAUAAUGGUACUUAUUUAAACAACUACCUAUUCUUUAGCACUGGAAUAAUAUACCAGAGGACGAGAAUGAAUGGCUUGUAAUUUUAAGAUAUAGUGCUGUUGGUUUAUGUGUCAGCUGAUAUGCAAUAAAUUUACAUCAAUAAUGCAGUAAAGGUGACGCUCACACUACAUUACUUAAAACGCUCUGCAGAUCUUGGCAGAGCUACAAGUCGCAGCAUAUCAUUAUUAGUAUGUUUCAUUAUUUUACUAUUUAAUAUGAACUAUAUCAGCCCCAGAAAUCCACUAUCAGCUGGGAUCUAUUCACACGGUGAACAAAGGCAGCUUCCAAAGGUCCGCCAAACUUAGUACAGGGCUCCAAACACCAGUGAAGCACAUUGUAAUUACCAUAAAUAUAACUAACUGCACAUGUAGCCUUGUUUGGCUUUAGUGGGGCUGAUUCAAUAAGGGUGAUGUAGACCGUCGCUCUCGUCAUUUAUAUCUUCUGCAGUGUGAAUUUAGCGCGUUUCCAGCAUGAGAAAGGAACAAACACAGGAGCUCCGAGUUACGGGAAGAUGCCGGCUGUUGUACAGAACACACACACACACACACACUUAUACGCACACAUGUGCUGUACCGUAUGCGGCCUGUAAAUAUUUCCACCACAGUAUGUUACACGAAUCUUUACGACCCGGCCUGGCCUCUAAUGCAACGUUGAGAAAUGUAACUAGUGUAUGAAGCCCCAGUGACACCCACGAGUCCAACAACUGUUGUAGAGCAAAGUGUGUGUGCGAGUCCUUGUUCCGACCUUCAAAUGGAUGUUUUAGCCUCAUGCGACAAUUUUGAGCCAUAACCUUAUGUGACUUCACCGCAGCACACUAAGUCUGUUUCAUUUCUUUUUUUGUUGAUCUGUGUAAACAUUUGUGCCACGAUUUAUUAACGUCUAAACUUUUUGUUUGCAUAUAGAAUGUGACGUAGUGCUCGCCCUAUAAGAUAAUGUAUAAGGAGUUAAAUGUAGAGAGUGUAUAAGCUAAUUUGCAGCGUAUCUAGUUAAGCAAUAAGCCUGUAGUAUCUCCCUUUAUAUGGCACUGGCCUGUAUAUGCUUUGUAUAUAUGGAAAUACACGGAUGAGAGCUGCGUACACGCUAUUGUACAUAGGAGAAUUAUGCAUUUGAAAUCAACAGCCAUUGUUAUUUUUCAGAGGACAUGAAAUUGUUUUUGUACAUGAGUGAAUGAUUAAAUUUAAAGAAAAACACGUUUAAAAGAUA